AUGGUUUAUCAUUAUUCAGUGUAUUAUCCAAAAUUAUUCAUCGAAGUGAUAGAUGUUCAUGUAUUACAUCGUGGUAGUACAUCUGAGCACCAUAUGGAACCUAGACCAAGUGGUUGGGAACACAAUGAAUUGGAAAAUGAAGAUUUUGAAGGCCGUGCUGAUAAUGUUGAGAGUGAUAAAGAACCUGACCCUGCGAAUGUAAGUGAUUCAAAUGCAAGUGACUUGGAUGAAAGUGAUUCCGGUGCAAGUGAUACUCCAGUAAUUGAGGAAACAGGACAGUUCAUUUUUAGUGAUACUGGUGAACUUGAUCCCCGAUUAGUGGGUCGUGAUCCUACUGCUCCAGUCUUGUGGGAUGGGAAUUUGGAUAAAAUUGGUGUUGGGACAUGUUUCCGUAGCAAGGAAGAGCUGAAAUCUGCCAUUACCGAGUGGUCAUUGAGAAAAGGGGUGAACUAUUGUAAAAAAGAGUCAAGGGAACGCGUAUGGGCUGUUAAGUGUGUAACCUUAGAUUCCAAAUAUCCAGCUGAGCGGAGACACGACACUACAUGCCAAUGGAGUAUGCGAGCAGUGCGAAAAGUUUGUAAGCCGUACUGGGAAAUAACAAAAUGGGUGGAAGAUCACAAUUGUGGGGGCACAUCAAUAGGCAGCAAUAGUCGAAAUGUGAGUUCGACAAUGAUUGCAAAAAUGAUCCAGCCAAAGAUUCAGACAAAUCCUGCAUACUGCGUGAAGAGUAUCCAAGAGGGUGUUUUAGCAUACUUUAAAUGUAAGGUCAAUUACGAUAAGGCAUGGAAUGCAAGAAGGAAAGCAGUUGACCUUGUGUAUGAGCGCAUCAUUGCAAAAUAUCCAGGGUCUAUAUGCCAUAGAUAUUGUAUACUGCAUGUUCGAAGCAAUCUGAUGGAGAAGUAUCGUUUUAAGGGAGUACAAUAUUGGUGUUGGCAAAUGGGCACUAAGCUGCAACCAAAGAAGUAUAAUAGAGCAAGGCGAGCUAUCACAGAAGCCAACGAAGGAGCUAUUAAGUGGCUUGACAAGCUUGAUGUAUACAAUGCUGGCAAUAGUGUGUACAUGUGUAUGCUACAAUUUCUGGAGGACGAGACUAUUUGCGCACAGUUUAGUUGGGGCAGUGCUGUCUUAGCACUCUUAUACCGCAACCUAUGCACUGCAUGUAAAAUAAGCAAGUGGGAAGCUUCUGGUUGUUUGAUUCUGUUACAGUUGUGGGCAUGGGAGAGAAUUAGCACUGUUCGACCGGAGAGGGUACCUGUUAACAACUUUCCCCCUAAGGAGUGUCCUUAUGGAACAAGGUGGUGUGUUCAUCGCCGGGUGACAAAGAUUACUGCCCACAAUGUACGGGCAUAUCGGGAUCAACUUGCGGAAUUGGAGGAUAGCAUGUUUAACUGGAUGCCUUACUCUGAUGAAGUCAUCAAUUAUCUUCCUGAGUCCUGUCGUGCUGGCAAGGCUAUCUGGACCUCCAUGACCCCUAUAGUAUUCUUUCAUAUUGUGGAGUUUCACAUGCCUCAUAGGGUCAUGCGACAAUUUGGUUUGGAUGAAAAAGUGCCUAACACGUACUUAUUUCAGACGGAAAAUUCUCAUAACACACUACACAAGUUGAAUAGAAAAGGAAGGCCUGGAACUGAUUGGUACACCUACCACCUCGAGUACAUCACAGGGUGGGACAAUAGGUUGAAUAAUUUGGUAGACAGUGACAACGGUGAGCCUACCGAUUUGGAUUACUUUGAGUGGUAUCGGUCGCACACUGUUUCAGUUAUCUCACAUCCUCUUUGUUCGAAUCCUCCUCUAUCGGGUUUCUACGGCCGUAAUCGGAUAUGGGGCAAUGUUUUGGGUGACAUUAACAUUCAAGCUUCAAAGUUGGCUGCUCAAUUCGAAGGGACAGAGCAUUAUACCAAUUACAUUGAUAUUGCUAAUAUGGCCCUUAAUGCCCUACAUCUGGAUGGGACGGAACCGGCCCCCUCCUACCCUAGUCAUACUCUAAUUGAACAAGAUUUGAGUCAAAUUCAGCCGGGUCAUCAUCCGCAUCGUGCGGAAUUCAAGCAUCGUGGUGGGCCCAUGGAGGGGGGUGGGAGGCAGCCCCGACGACCCCCAAAACCAAAAAAACAAGCUCAACCCCAUGAAAUUCCUACUCCAUUUACACCGCGAGAGGCGAUAUUUAAUUUUGAGUCUCGACAAUUUUCACAUGACUUUGGGCAGCAUUCUCAAGAAUUCAAUCAACAACUAUCGCACGACUAUAAUUUUGGCCCAACGGUUGAGCAGGACAAUGAUAUUGAUAUGGGUGAUGAAGGAAGUUCGGCCGCCUCACACACAAGCUUAAGCAUUGGCGGUCAUGAUGGUGGUCUUGAAGAUGAAGUAUCUCCAGAAUUAGGUCGGGGAAAAAGAAAGAAAAUUUUUACAAAGUGUAGAACAAGAGGCCAUUUGAAUGUAGAUCAUUGA